CCCUAGGGAGCGGCCCUCGCCUGUGAGGCUGUCUGCACGUCCAUCCAGCCCUGGUCCAGCCACUCCCGGCAGUAAGGAUGCUCCUGGGGUUUCGCAGAGGCCGCAAGGGCCAGUUUAAACACAUCGUCCACGGCCUCCUGCCCGCAGCCAGCAUCGCACCGAAGCCAGCUGUGCCCCGCACACCUCCUCCCCGAAGCCCUAACCCUUCUCCAGAGAGACCAAGGUCUGCCCUGGCUGCAGUCAUCCUCACAACAGCACUGACCGGCCGGACUGUUGCCAUUCCUCAGCCUCGUCAGAGAUCCCUGUCUGAGAGUGACACGACUUGCGUGGAAAAGGACAGUUUCAUCCAGCCCUAUGCCACCACCUCAGAGCUGAGGCUUCAACCAAAUUGGCAGAAUGAGACAAGAAGAACUUCUUUGCCGUCCUCUGAAAUGCUGGGCUACGGGGAGGAGGACUCUGACACGCACCUGUCGUCCAGCUGCAUGGAGCUCGAUGACGUCAGCGCUUGCCGAGAAGAGGGAGGUGUCGGUGACGCUGUGUAUGCCGUGCCCCACAGAAAUCAGCUUCCAUUGUCCCAUACGGUGGACAGUGAAGAUGAGGAAAAUACUUCUGGGCAAGAUGAGCUCCCAGGCUUACCUCUUACACCACGGCGAACCCAAGAAAUAGAUGGCAGACAUUCGGUUCUGAAUUUAAAGGAUGAAAAACGACCGUUAUGUGAAAAGCCUCCACCCUCCCCAGAUAUAACCGGUAGAGCACGGCAGAGAUGUUUAGAAAUAACCAAAGAGCCGGUCCAGGAAAUAAGAGAAGAAAACUUGCAUCUCAGAGACGCGAAUCAAACCCUCACUCUUGAACUUAGCAUAGUAAAACAAGCAAUGAAAGAACUACAGUUAAGACUGAAAAGAACAAAAAAAGAAAAUCAAAAGUUGAAAGAGGCAGAGAAAGCAUCCUCUCAGGAAGGUGCUGCACCUGAACUACUUUAUCUAAGAAAACAGGCUCAAGAACUAGUGGACGAAAAUGAUGGGUUGAAAAUGACUGUCCAUCGUUUGAAUGUAGAACUGAGUAGAUAUCAGACAAAAUUCAGGCAUUUAUCCAAGGAAGAGACGUUAAAUAUCGAUGGCCUCCCAUCAAAGGGCCCGACACCACCGUGGUUGUUGAAUAGGAAGUACCUGUCGCCCUUGUUACUGGCCUAUGAAGACAGGAUGAAAGAGAAGGAUGAGCUCAAUGCCACCCUCCAGGAGGAAAUGCGGAUGUUCAGGAUGAGAGUCCAGGAAGUGGUGAAAGAAAAUGAAGAAUUGCAUCAGGAGCUACAUAAGGGCAGUCCUGUAACCAGCGAGGAAUGGCAUCAGCUUCAGACUCAGGCAGAACUGGUUUUAGAGGAAAACAAGUUGCUGAUAGAGCAGUUGGAGAUUCAGCAAAGAAAAGUCAAGGACACCCACCAGGAGCGUCUCCAGGAAGUUUCUAAGCUGACAAAACAACUCAUGCUUCUGGAGACUAAAACCCAGAACCAAGAAAAGGAGCUACGUGAAAACAAGGAGCAGUUGGAAAUUUUACAUGCUGAAUGCCAGGAACUGAAAACACGCUUGGAUGGCAAAAUUGCAAUGCAUGUCCAUGCUUCGAUUGUAAACGAAUUAAAAAGCCAGAUACAGAAGGAGGAGGAGAAAGGAGGGGCUGAGCUAGAAGAGCUGAUGGAAAAGCUGGCAGUCCUGCAAAUGCAGAAAAAGAGCCUGCUGUUAGAGAAGAACCGCCUGACAGCUGAAAACAAAGCACUGGGAGCUGAACUUGAAAGGGCACAGAAAAUAAAUAGGAAGUUUCAAAAGAAAAUCGAUGUCCUCAAAAAGCAGGUGGAAAAAGCCAUGGAGAACGAAAUGGCCGCUCACCAGUACCUGGCAAAUCUCGUUGGCCUGGCCGAGAAUAUGACCCAGGAACGCGACAGUCUUAUGUAUUUGGCUAAAUGUUUAGAAAGUGAGAAGGACGGAGCUCUCGACAGAAUCACAGAAGGCAACAUUCGCUUGGGAAAGUUAGAGGAAAAAGUCAGGGCGUACAAGAAGCAGGCAGCACUGAAAGUGGGCAACAUCAGUCACCAGCUGACGGAGCAACAGGAAGACUUUGCUAGCAAGACUGCUCAGUACCGGCAAGAGAUGAGGCACCUCCAUCAGAUGCUGUGCGACAAGCAGGAGAUGCUGGACCAGGCACUGCAGCAGAAGAGAGAAAUCGAAGGCGAGCUUGAGGUUGUUUGGCAGUCUGCCUCCAAGGAAAACCGGAGAAUCCGAGAGCUUUUGCAGGCCACGCUGGAGAGGCCUGGCGCGUGGGACAGCAUCAGGGAGGCUUGCCGGACGGCUCCGGCUCCGGCCACCGUGACGUGAGGCCACCGCCUGCCCGCCCACAGCCCGCGCGUGACCUUCCCAGGACCGGAGACACGGGGGAGGGCAGGCCCCCGCCUCCCACCACAGCGUUUCUCCUCCUCCAGGCGAGGCAGAAACAGUCUCAGGCAUUUCCUCCAUUUUUUACAUUUUGCUUUAUUUAAACAAUACAGUGCUGAACUUGAUUUUUGCCA